AUGAGGGUCCAAGGCAAGGACGAGGACGUCACGGAGUACUACCAUGAUGUCCUGGACAUGUGCCGCAUUGUCCAGCCGGAUAUGGCUGAGGAAGUGCGCAUAGAUCACCUGUUCAGGGGGUUGAGCCCAACCCUUUAUGAGAGACUUUACGUGUUGGGCAUCAAGACGUGUGAAGAUUUCUUGGAAGAGGCGAGGCUUCACGCGGAUGCCGUCAAAACAGCCUACGAGAGGGGCUAUGAGGAUAGGCGUAGAGAGCGGGAGAAGCCUGCCGUGGGAGCAGUAGACCUUGACCAAAUGCAAGACCUACGGCGCCAGAUCCAGGAGUUGCGGGACGAGCUAGCCCGGGCAAAGGAUCCUUCGAAGAAAAAGGAAAAAGAAGGCGGGAAAAGCGAUUGGAACAAAAAGCCAAAGAAGAAGAACCCAUUUCGCUGUUUUAAUUGCGAUGAAGAAGGGCACAUCGCGAGAAACUGUCAGAAGGAAAAGAAGAAGGAGACUGCGGUGAAACCCAAGAAGCCCGAGGGGGAGGAGCCUAAGGCAGCCUGUGCGGUGAUUGGCGGAGACCAGUCUUCGGAAGUGACCAAUGGCGAUCGUCAGCCGACCGAAGAAAUUUGGAUUGGUGGACGGCCGGUCGAUGCUUUGGUCGACACGGGAGCGGUGAUUUCAGUUAUCUCACCAUCGUUGGCGAGUAGAUUUAAAUUGAAAAUAGUCCCGUGGGAAGGACCGAUGGUCGUGACGGCCGAUGGACAGCCGAUGAAUCCGAGGGGGGAAGGUCUCCCUCACGGUCACGAAUAA